AUGGUAGAUUAUACAUUUGAACAACUUUCUAAACGAAUAAAUGAUCUUGAGUUAAUCCUUCUAGAUGAUAAGAACGACAAAACCAACAACAUUGGUGAUAUUAAUGAUAAUAAAACAAUAUCAUCACAAAUUAACCACUUGAAAUCACAAUUAUUUAAAUUAUAUCAACAAUAUCCUGAAUUUCAGAAAUUGAAUAAUAUCAAUUCACAAUUGAAAAUAUGGCAUAAAUUACUCACCAAUACUUCUAUAACCACCACGCCCAUCGAUCAAGAAACAAAGUUAGAGCUUUUAAAUUUACUUUAUGACGAUCUUAUCAAUAAUGACAAUUAUGAAAAAAUAAUAAGUAUAAUAAAUUUCCAAUAUGAAUCUAUUAUUAAUGGUAUUAAUAAUAACUAUUUAUCAUCUUUGGGUUCAAUCAAUGAUACUGGGGAAUUAUUACAAUCUAAACGAAAUCAAUUGAAUCAAAUUAUGAAAAUUCAUCAAGCAUUAAUAAUUAAAUCAAUGAUUGUAUUAGAACGAUAUAUUCAAUGUACUAUAAGACAAAAUAAAUUUUGGAUUGAUAUUGAUGAUCAAUUAAUUAAAAUUAAUGCCAAAAUUAAACAAUUAGAAUUAUCAAAACUACAAGCUAAUAAAUAUUAA